AUGCCUUUGGAGUAUUCAGGACAUGUUCAUGUAUCGCGAGCUUCCAGGAAAGAAGAACUCAGAGCUAUACUUGGCAACCCUACCCCUCUUGGUGUUAUGGGAUUUAUCUUAAGCUUAACUCCGCUUGCCUGUGACCUGAUGGAAUGGCGAGGGGCGGGGGGGUUUGGGGCAGCGACAGUUGGUACUGCCUAUUUCUUUGGAGGAUUACUUAUGAUUCUGGCAGCGGUUCUUGAAUUUAUUUUAGGAAAUACCUUUAUCUUUGUCGUCUUUUCAUCCUAUGCCGCAUUUUGGCUUUCCUUGGCUGCGACAUUGACGCCAUUCUACGCAGCCUAUACGGCAUAUGAGCCAUCAGACCCUACAAACCCCGGGUUCAACAAUUCCUAUGAUUUCCAAACUCUAGCAUUCUUCGAGGUCUUCAUGGGUCUCCUGUGCUUCAUCUAUUUAAUAUGCAGCAUACGAACCAAUAUUUGCUUUGUGGUCAUUUUUCUUGCCCUCACGCUUGGGUUUAGCUUCCUCGCAGGAACUUCAUGGCAACUAGCCAAUGGGAACGCAGAUUUAUCUAGGUCAUUGAAAAAGGUCGGAUGGUACUUCCUGUUAGUUCAGAUGCUCGCCAGUGUUGAUUUCCCAUUCACCCUUCCUGUUGGCGACCUCAGCCGUAUAGUUCGUGGUGCCAGUGAUAAAAGUGCCAAAGCGGUAUAA